AUGGACCUACUAUCUAAGUGCAGCUUCCCAAGCCUCAAAGCCGAGCUAAUACGGUACUUAACAAGUACAGGAUUCGAUUAUAAUCAUAGCCUUUUAUACAACUCGGGAAAACGGUACAGCUUGAAGGACAGCGGCAACCCCGUAGAUCAACACUUCUGUGCAACUCAGCUAUGGAUCCUACUUCACCUCGUGCAAGACUCCACCAAAGAGCCUCAGCAGAGGCUAAAACACCUGCUUGAAAGUGAGGCCAAACUUGAAAUCAAGUCCAAAGGCAUGGAUACGGUCAAGAAAGACCUCGAGUCAGAAAUCAUUGCGUACUACCGGGAAGGCCGUCUAGACACAUACUCGGCUCGCGUCAUCGAAUGUAUAUACCAAGCACGUGGUACCCGCCCUGAUCGCAAGCUAGCCUCAUUGAUAGAACAAGAGCUGGAAGAUGUGCCAUUAUGCCACAGGGGUCUGGCACAGUUUUCGCACUCACCGGAAGUUACUUUAGCGCCAGUCGAUCCAGCACUCACCGUCCUAUUACCAGCAUCCCGACCCACCUCUCCAGUCUCCGACGAGCCAGGAGGAUCUCAGGAGCCCAAACAGCAAUGUGAUGCGAAUCAUUUAUCGAUUAGCAUAAUGCCUCAUGUGGCUGGCUCGGAGGGCAAUUAUGCUAACUCAUGUGUAUGA